GUGAACCGAUUGGAGGGAAGCGCUAAAGAAGUCGGCGGUCUUAUCAUAAAGAAGAAGACGCCUAACAAUGAGGACGAGUUUGUGUUCAAAAAGCCGGGCAUUUCUUUACUCGGUUUGGACCGAUUGGCCGAAGAGAAGAGGGAACAGAAGGCACUCCAAGACAUUCAACGAGACUAUGAACGCGAUUACAGGGAUAAGAGCGACGACCGCAGGGGUAGAGACUAUAGGAGUGAUAGCGAGAGAUCGGACCGAAGCGAGAGGUUUGACAGAAACGAUAGGUUUGACAGAAGCGAGAGAUCGGACAGAAGUGAAAGGUCUGAGCGAAGCGAGAGUCGAGAGCGCGACGAUCGGCGCCGCGAGAGCCGAGACCGCGACGACUAUAACAGGAGUCGACACAUCCGUAAGCAUCGGAUCGAAACGCCAUCACAUUCUGGAGGAGUUAGCGAUGAAUAUCUGCAGAGAAAGAGGAGGAGAGACGAAGAGAGAAGGGAUGACAGGCAGAGACAGUCGACCCUUAAGACGAAUGGAGGUCUGGCGCGUCGGUGGGCGCCCACACCUCGUAUUAACACUCCAUCGCAUUCCAGUUGGGAUGAAGACGACAGUUGGGAUCGCAGGUCCCAAAGGGGUGAUCGUUCUGAACGCUCUGAACGGCCCUUCACUCCGGACGCCAGAUCUACCGGUGAUUUGCGGACCUCUUGGGAGUUGACUCCCUAUCGGAUGGGAACUCCGGGGACACCGAAACCGACGCCAACCCAUUGGGGACAUCAACGCAAAAAUACGGAUAACCCUUACGAUUGGGAGAACGAUGAGGAGGAAGAGCGGCGAAUGGACAGAGAAUGGUAUGACGAAGAGUACCGGGGACACCGAAACCGACGCCAACCCAUUGGGGACAUCAACGCAAAAAUACGGACAAUCCUUACGAUUGGGAGAACGAUGAGGAGGAAGAGCGGCGAAUGGACAGAGAAUGAGUGCGAUCAAAAUCCAUUCGGAAAUAUGAACGAAGACUUUGUGCAGCGGCGCGAAGAAGCGCUUAAGAAGAAUAAAACCGUUCAGAGGAUUAGCGCUCAACAAAGACAGAUCAAUAAAGACAAUGAAAAAUGGGAGACCAAUCGACUUCUUCUGUCCGGAGUUGUGGUUCGAGUGAACGAUAAUAUGGACGAAGAAGAAGAGGUGAAUGAGGGAAGAGUGCAUCUAAUGGUUCACAAUAUAGUGCCGCCAUUCCUCGACGGACGCAUAGUCUUCACUAAACAACCCGAACCUAUAGUCCCUGUGAAGGACCCGACGUCUGACUUUGCGAUUCUCUCCCGAAAGGGUUCGGCUUUAGUUCGAUAUCACAGAGAAAUGAAGGAACGAAAGAAAGCCCAGAAGAAAGAGUGGGAGCUUUCGGGCACUCGUUUGGGAGAUAUUAUGGGCGUUGAGAAGCCUAAGGACGAGACCGACCAAAAUGAUGAGAAGAAUGACGAUUACAAAGCGGAACACCGUUUCAAAGACCAUAUGGAUGAGAACGAGGCGCAGACCGAUAGGCAGAAGAUCCGCAAACAAAGACAAUUUCUGCCCGCUUUUGCCGUUCGCAACGAAUUACUGAAUGUUAUUCGAGACAACAAUAUUGUGAUUAUUGUCGGAGAGACCGGUUCUGGAAAGACAACACAAUUGACACAAUACUUACACGAAGAGGGAUAUACCAAAUACGGGAUGAUUGGCUGCACUCAACCCAGACGUGUGGCCGCGAUGUCUGUCGCCAAACGUGUUUCCGACGAAAUGGGCAUUAAAUUGGGCGAAGAAGUGGGUUAUGCCAUACGAUUCGAAGAUUGCACUUCCAAUAAGACGAUCAUUAAGUAUAUGACGGAUGGAAUACUUCUGAGAGAAUCACUUUGCCUUGUACCUACUCCGCGUGCUUGCGUCAGAGCUGUGGCUACAGAACAAACCGUAAGAAGCGUUACAACAGCGGGCUUCUUGUCUAGAGUU